CGCAUCGAGCUCUUUAUCGUGUCCAAUUAAUCAUGUGGCUGUACAGUUGAUUAUUUUACGAAGGCAUUGUGACUGUGAGAUAUAGAAAGGCUAGAAAAAUUGCAACGAUUUUUCCUCAGCGAGAAGGACACAAUCUCAUUGCUCGUGUGCAGUUAAUAUAAAUCAGUCCGGAGGCCCGAGAGACAAAGUGUGACGGUGAAAUAUCACCUGGAAAUCUCAAUCUUUAUUGCAAUUUUUUCCGUCCGAACCGACGAAAAUAUCAGAACUCACCCUCCCGGAGCGGAGUUUGACGGCCGGACAAUGCCCACCAACAUCUCCGAUUCCCUCUACACGGUCGGAGCCCGCCAAGAGUCCCCAGAAUCUCCUGCCAUCCAAUAAUUUCCCGUGCGAGAAGCGCCAGCCGAACGGCCAGAUGGAGUUCCUUAUUCCCCACCCACCGACGAACUCGCAGCCACGACAGAUGGCAUCAUCGCAGAAUGGGACCUUCGUCAGGUCGCACAGCAUCAACGAGCAGAGCCAUCACCAGCUCCUGCAGCAGCAGCACCAGCAGCAGAGCCAAUUUGCACAGCAUCACGCCAAAAUGACGAAGAAGCAAUUGAAGGUGGCGCAAGCACAGUUGAAUAAGUUGACCCAGAUAAAUAUUCAUCUGCACGCUCUAUUCUCAGCCGUGGAGCAUGGGCACUUGGAGAAGGCAAGAACAAUCCUGGAAUCCACAGAUGUUGAUGUUAACAGCGUUAACAGUGAUGGAUUGGCACCUUUGGACGUGGCCGUGUUGAGCAAUAAUCGCUCAAUGACAAAGAUGCUCCUUCAGCACGGCGCCACAGACAGGACACAGUUCAAAGGCGGCAACACUUUGGGUAAUCACCUGAACUCCUUACUGAGGGAUGCUGAAAAUCGCAUUCAAGAACUGGGCAGUGCUGAAGAAAUCCCCCAGACGCCAUAUAGCACAAGGGCGUCUUUCUCCAGUAUUAUAGGAAAUGCCUACACUGGACCCUCUGUCACUGGGUGCACUGGAACGGAGACGGAUAAGCAAAUUGGCCUGUGGGAGCGUCGCGUGAAAGGUUUGCGACGAAUGCUGCUGGGAUGGGAUCAGGCUCGUCCGCCGGAUCCACCAAAUUCCGUCCUCGUGGACGUCGUUGGACCAUCAUCAGUGUCCAUUCGCAUCUACGAGCCCGUAGAAGGGCCCUUAGGCACAAAAUUUAAAGUUCAAUGGUCAUCCAGGGCGGACUUUAGCAACAUCGUGGGCGAGUGCGACAUCAGUGAGUGGAAUAGCUUCCAGGGCACGAUGGGGGCCACAUGUCGCAUUGGAGAUCUCACGCAGGGCCGCCGCUACUUCUUCAGGGCAUGCCUGGGGAAUGUCAAGGGAUUCGGCCACUAUCGCACUUCUUGUCCCUCGAGUGUUGUGCCAUCGAGCUGGUAUGACGUGGAGCAGCGUGAAAAUCGCUUUGUGGGACGUCAGAGAGUGCUAGAUGAGUUGUUCGCAGCUGUGCGUCUGGCACGUCCGGAGGAUGCCAGCAAUAUUCCUCUGGAGACUCCGGCGCUUCAGCGGAGGAAUCCAAAGAAGAAGACCACCAUCAAGCAACUCUUCUCGGCGGCCAGUAAAUUUCAGAAGAACUUGCGAAGAGGAAUCUACUUGGCUUGCAUUCUCUACCACGAGGACAAAGUGCUUGUGACAAAUGAAGAUUUUAUCCCUGUAAUCGAAAUUGAUGAGACAUACCCAGGAUGCCUGCACACGGAUUAUCACUGGCUGAUGAAGGUGGCCUGCACGUGGGACGAUGUGAAAUCCCUGCGGACAGAUAUGGAGCGAAAUGCCACCUCAGCGGUGCAUUUUCGCACGAAACUCCUCACGGCUGCCUGCCAAAUGCAAUCAGCGCUGUGCAUCACUGAUUUGGGGCAGCUCUUCCACAAACCCCUACGAGACUCUCACGGGACUGUUGUCCUCAGCUGUGUUAAUUUCAUCAAGAGUCCAAAAACAAUCUCGGUGCUCAAUUCACGCUGGAUUCCCCUUAACAAAGUGCACAAGAAGCUCUCGGCAUUGCAUGAAGACAACAACAUCAACGAGAUUCUAAUGAACUCCAUCCAGGAGCAAAUCAACUACCAUCAGGCGUCCGCUGUGCGACUGACCAAAGGACUAUAUUUGGGCUACUUGAAAAUGCAGAGCUCGGUGGAUCAGAUUCAAGUGGUAGUGCCGUCAAAGACGCCGAAUGUACUGCCGCACUGCAAAAUUCGGGAUAAUCCCCACAUAUCAGCGGAGGAGUGGGAGUUCCUCAAAGGUCGCAAGUCCACGAUAAUGUUUGGGCCGCAGAAUGAGCAGCCGACGGAGGUUCAGCAGCUCUUCCUGGAAGACCUGACAAUAGCCGCCCACCGACUAUUCAAAUAUAUGGACACCCCCGCGGAUGACGCACUGAAGCACCGACUGUACGACAUUGAGGUAAUUGAGUUGAGUCCUGAUGUGAGCUUCCUGGCCAUUUGUCCACCGCCAGAGUUCUCGUGCGCCGUUCCUGGUCAAAGAGAGAUUCUUCUGCAGCGCGGCGAUUUGCUGAGUUUGCCUCUGCAGGCUUUUGAAAUGAUCCACUUGCGAACCUAUCAGAAUGGCAUUAUUCAGAAGUACUCUCGCUUGUCGUGCAUUCUUGAGCUGGACACUGUGCUAGCCAAUCACUCCCAUCGCGAGGCGUUCUCUACGGUGGAAGUUCAGGCAGCGAAAGAGAGAUUGUGCAAGCUCCAGGAACUCUCCACGAGUCUCAAUGCCGUGUGGAAGGGUGUUCGUUGGCUCAUGGACGUGAUAAGCUUCGCACGAGACAGAGCUUGCAUGCCCGCUCUGGCAAUGCGUGACAUUCUCGAGUGCCAAGAAGCAAGAGAUUCCCAAGUGGAUGAAACGAAGCGACAGCUUCUGCAGCCUCCGCCACGAGAUGCUAAGUUGAUGAAGAGCUCCCCUGGCAGGGGAUCCUGGCCAGGUCCGGCUGUGUCCGGUGGCAAUGGUCUCCUCGUGGCGGAGCACUCCAAGUCCGAGCAGCACCUAAGCGUGGCAGGAGCCAGUUCUAAUCUGAGCUCUCGCUAUUUGAGUGCCACAUCAGAGUUCGAUCCCUCUUCGCGGAAGAACAGCGCCGAUUCAAACUAUUCCCACUCCGGCCACAGCUAUUACUCCGUCGGGUGCGAGGGUGGCCACGUGGGAACGCGUCUGCCGCCCUCUCGGUCAGAAGACACUCUGACCGUGUCGAAGAAGCAGCCACACCGGAAACGAACGACGACAGUCAACACGAGCUUCUCAGCGGCUUCCAGUCCCUUGCUUAACAUCCGACCUACGUACACUGGCACCACGGAGUCCGUUCACAGUCUAUCUAGCGACAGCGAGAGCGCCAGCUACCCAGUUCUCACGUCCACUCCACAGAAGACCCGCCCACACGCUUCCAGCAUGACGAACGUGAAGGACGAGGAGGCGCCUGUUGGAGUUGUGAGGAGUCGGAAGCAGAUGUUUGAGACACUGCAUAUCACCGAGGAUUCCCAGUGCGCUGAGCAGCCCUUUUUCUUGGCUCCGGGUCCGUCCGCUGGCCCCGCGACUCGGAGCGAAAACCGCAGACAAGCUCUCGAGUCUGCGCCAGCAGGACACCAGCAGUCUUCUGCAGCGAAUCCGGGCACUCACGAGAAAGUCCCAGCGAGGAGUGGGGAAUCGAGUGCACAAGACGCGGAGGCUGAGAAUGUGAGCAAGGAUGCGGGAAUCAUUCAAGUGUAUGCCGCAUACGAAACAGGUUUGGCCAGUGGCACGAGUCUUAAGCUCCACGUGACGACCAAGACCACGGCCAAGGAGGUGGUGGAUCUCGUGGUGAAGCAACUGAACAUGGCUGUAGUGCUCAAGGGGCGCGACGGACCGAUUUACACGGCUGACAAAUUGGAGAACUUCUGUCUGGUGGCGGUGAUUGGAGCCCGCGAGCGGUGCUUGAGAGAUGACUUCAAGCCGCUCCAGCUGCAAAAUCCGUGGAAGAAGGGCCGCUUGUACGUGAGACAGAAGCAAGAUCUUCUCGCUGCCAUCGAGCACUCCAAUCGUGAGGCUCAGAUGAUAUAGAAAGCAAUUCUCCCUUUGGCAAGGUAAGAACCCUUAAUCCCCGUUGAAGUCCUGAUCGCAAAUUGAACUUACUAUAGAGAAAGACUAAGUCCGAAUUGAUCUUAUGAGCAUAGAAAAUCACAAAGCGCAGGCGUAUAACUGUUAUUGCUGUUGUUCAACAAUAAAUUAAUAACAAAUUUAGAUGAAAAUAUAAUAUACUAAUCGAGAGACAGGGUGUGAAAUUAGGGCAAUUAGAGGCACAUUCACAAUUUCUCCCAUCAUAUUUUCACGGUUGACGGAAAUGUUAAUGAGGAAAGAAUUCAAUGCUGAAUUCUAGGAAUGUCUAUAAUAUGGAGAAAUAGCAGGAGAUAUACGAAGAAAUGAGACGUUAUAGGAUUAUUUUCUGAUGAAAAGUCUUAUGAUUAAAUUUGUUUUUAUAAUAUAAGUCUAGAAGAAAAUGUAUCUUAGAGUAAUUUCCCUCUCCUAUAGAUUUUUAAUUUUUUUUUAGAUGAGGGACGAAUAUUUUUGAGUAAAAAACGAAUUGUUAAAAGUGUGCGAAAGAAGGUUUCGGGAUGAAUUGAGUGAUUGCUUAGGAAAUUUCCUCUUAAUGACAAGAUAGAAAGGUGUAAUACAAAUACCCCGUAAAUGUCCAAUAAACCCGUGGGUUGUAGGCAUAUAAAAAGUGGGAAAAGAAAGAAUGUAAAAUCCGUGAAAUUCCCGUUGUAUUGUUCCCUGUAAUUGUAUUAAUCGCUGUGGUCCAAUUUUAUCCUCCCCUGAAAAGUGUUGCACGGUGGAAAGAACUCUGUGUACACAAAAUGUAAAUCCCAAUCAAUUAAAAUUUUCCACUGUAUUGAAUAAAUAUAAUCAAAAUACACAAAUAAAACUUUACAAGGAUGCUCCAUGCCACAUUCAUUUCAUGCAAAUCCGAAUUGCUUUUUUGUCAUUUGGUGAAUAUUCAUCACGCAAUUUCAUGCCUACACAAAAAUCACAAUUUCAUUUAUAAAAUCAAAUGGCAAUUGCAAUUUUUCAUGCAGAUUUCGAUGAAUUGUUAAUAAUAUAAUAGAUGUCUUGAGAAGAUUUAACAAUUUUAAGUAGUGUAAAAUGUGAAAGGAAUUUUAAAACUAAAUAUACAUACAUGAGAAAAAUUAAAAGCUUUACUUGUUGAGAGAUUGUGUCAUAAUUUUCAAUGUCAAUUUUCGAAAGAAUGGAAUAAUGUUGAAAGCUAAUAUAUUGGAUGAACAUUUCAAGAUGACAACUUUAAUUUUUCUACACAAAAUGAGAUAGAGAAAUAUUUUUUAGAGUGCGCGAAUGCUGAGAGAGAAAGCCAAUUGUUAGAUACUAAAUGUUUUACAGAGAUACUAUAUUCUGAAUAUAUUACAGAAAGAAUUAUUUUCAACGCACUAAAUUAAUAAUAUAUUUUAAGUAAAGCUGAGUGAAUAAAGAUCUUUUAAUAAGAUUAUUGACAUAUAUACAUACAUAUACAUAUAUAGUGAAAUUGAAGAAAAAAAAAAUAAAUGAAUGUAAAAUUAAAGAAAAUAUAGCAAAUGAGAAAAAAUAUAUAAGAAAUCCUUAGAGCAAAUGAAGACAGUGGAUUGAGGCGGAUUAUGAAUAAAUGUUACUAUGAAUAAAGAGAAUAAAUUGAAAUUCCCAUAAA